AUGGGAUUCAAGCUGUUCCUGCCUGAAGGGCCCUGUGACCACACUGUGGCCAAGCUCCAGCCAGGAGACGUGGCCGCCAUCACCACCAAGAUGCUCCGGCUGAAUGGGGACAAGAUCGUGGAGGACUUCAGCAAGCGGCAGCAACCAAAAUUCAAGAAGGAUCUGCCCUCUGCGGCCGUGACCACUGCUGUCCAGGAACUGCUACGACUGGCUCAGGCGCACCCCACAGGACCCCCCACCCUCGACCCUGUCAAUGACCUGCAGCUCAAGGAUGUGUCUGUGGUCGAGGGGGGGAUCCGGGCCCGGAAGCUGGAGGAGCUGAUCCGGGGGGCUCAGUGUGUGCACAGUCCCCGUUUCCCUGCCCAGUACCUGAAGCUGCGGGAGCGAAUGCAGAUCCAGAAAGAGAUGGAGCGGCUGCGCUUCCUGCUGUCUGACCAGUCGCUGCUGCUGCUGCUCCCCAAGUACCACCAGCGAGUAGAGUACCCGGAGCUACUCCUUUCAGAACUCCUGGGCCAGCGGGCACGUACCUCGAUGCGACUCGGCCUCGCCUACCACGUGCACGACCUCACUGAGGCCCAGCUGGUGGACUGGUUGCUCCUGUUUUCUCCUUCUGUGGUUCGCAUAGGGGUCCCCCUGUCUGUGGCCGUGAAACUCCAGGAUGCUCCUUCAGGACAGGUGGUGAGAGGAUCCGUGUUCCUGAGGAACCCAUCCCACGUUAAUGAGCUCUGCUCCCUGAAGGUGGAUUUCAGCCUCAGCGCAGAGACUUCAUGCUCCUCAACCUCCCGAUUCCGCAGGAACAGGCCAGGAUCUGUCGCCUCCAUCUCCUCCGCGGAGCCCCCAAGGUCCAGCUGA